AUGGCCGAUCAAUUUACAUCAGUCAGUUGGGACAAGGAAGAAAGUAAGGCAAAUGUGGGAGAAGUGGAUAUCAAUGCUGAAGAUUCUCCGAAAGUGGUCAUUGAUAGCAGCAGUGAGCCACCGCCCCUGGAGUCCCUAAAGGAGGAGAAUGAUCAGACAAUUGAAGAUAAGGAGGAUCAAGAUGGACCCGACAAUGAAUCCGGAUUGAUUACUUCAAAAAUGGUUUUGGCUGCAAAUGCAGAGAAUAAUGCUCCCGAAGGUGAUAAAGCAUUGGACGUUGAGGCCGAUGUUAAGAAUGUCAAUGAGACUGGGAAUAGUAGUGAAAGUAAGGCUGAACUCCAAAGUGAUUAUGCGCCGGACAAUGUUUCCGGUAGUAGUCAAGCCGGAGCUUUCUCUUCUUUGGCUUCGUCCGCUCCCUCCUAUCAAAUUGAAACUAUCGUUGGAGAACCUCUUACCGAGCAUGACUCUUCAAAUGCAUUUGUGAGCUAUCGAAUAAUAGUGAAAACCCAGGAUCCUGCCUUCCCGCAAAAGGAGUUUCAGACUCGUAGAAGGUAUUCCGAUUUUUUCUUUCUUUAUCAAUGCUUGAUGAACGAUUAUCCUACAUUACUUAUACCUCCUUUACCAAAUAAGCAGAGACUUGAGUAUAUUAAAGGAGGUCGAUUUUCGGAUGAAUUCACCACCAAGAGGUCAAUUUCCCUAUCAAAUUUUCUUUACCGGGUAUGCUAUCAUCCUAUUCUUCAAAAGUCUGAUGUUCUCCAUAUAUUUCUAGCAGAUACCGAUCACUGGAAUACGUAUAAGUCUAACUUAAAGAUACCUCCUGCCAGCGGCCUUGAUACUACUAAUAGUGCUUCGCAAAAUCUUGAAACGGUCACUGAAUUCAUCAUGAAUUCCUUUAAGAAGCCUAUUGUGGAGCCCCACGAUAAGAAAGAAUUCCAAGAUAUUCAAGAUAAGGUAUCGAGAUUGCAAGAGAAUCUCAGCAAAAUCGACAGUAUUUAUGGCAAGGUGCUUCACAGACAACAUAAUAUUGCGGAUGAUAUUUCAAAAUUUGGAGAUGAGUUCAGCAAGCUAACAUUGUUGCUCAGUAAUGAUCUUGACGGAAGCCACUCGGAACCAGAGGAUCUUGACGGAAACACCAAAAGGCUAGUGAAGCAAUUUAGUGAUUUCUCCGGAAACUUGUCCGAAGUAUCAGAAAAUAUUUAUCACCUUGACCACAGAAUCGAGUACAACUAUUUGACAGCCUUGAAAGAUCUUGAACAUUAUAUACUGCAGUUGAAGAACCUACUGAAGUUGAAGGAUGCUAAGGCACUGGAUUUUGACAUGCUUUCUAACUAUUUGGAUAAGGCCAAGCAGGAAAAAGAGCAUUUGAUGAAUGGAGGAUCCAUUACAGUCACUACUGAAGGUACGCUGUCAUUUUUAACUAGAAAAUUGGAAUCUGUGACUGGACUAGGAAGUCGACAGGCAGGAAACCUAACUAACGAGAGGAUCGACAAACUUGAUGAGAGAAUCGAUAUGUUGGCGAAAGAAAAGGAGAAAGCAAAGAAAAUAUAUUUUCAGUACGAAAGAGAUAUAUUGACAGAGUAUGAAUACUUCAACAAGAUCAAAAAUCGUGAGAUUGCCAGUUCUUUGGAGCAGUUAGGAAAGUACUACUUGAGUUUCUACUCAAAGGCGACUGAAGAACUCAAAAAAUUGGAUAUCAACGUGGCAUCUGAGGCAUUUACAUUUGAUAACAAAUUAACACAGGAUGGAAAGCUCUUCUCGGGUAAUCAAGUUCAAAAAAAUGGUGAAAUUAUUGCCGAUGAUAUUCAAAAAAUCGAUAACAUGACUAACGGCAACUAA